ACAGACAAGCGAUAUAAGUCAAGCGGUCACAGUGCUUAAGAAAGUGAUGGGCAAUUUAAGUUCUUAUCUCGGCAAUAUGGAUACUGUCGCUAUAUCGAGUGCGCCACCAAAAUGCCUAAAGGUCCAGUGCCGAAUUAUUUGUUUCAACGGUCGCCAGAGUGAAAUCGUUAAAGAUAUAAAAAAUGCAUUGUUGGAUGAUAGUUCCUGCAUCGUCAUUGACGAACUUCAUCUCUACAACUACAAUUUCCUGAAUGCUGUGGUUCCAGUGGGAUUUCUAGGCGAAUUCACCGAUAAAGUAAAGUUAAUUUACAUUGGCAUCUCGAAUAUAACUGCUAUCGAAAGCGGUGCAUUCGGUAACGGAAUAUUCAAGAAAAUAAUGUUGGAAGAUCUUCAGCUGGUUAAACUCGAUAAGGCGUUCUUCACCAACAUAACCCAUUAUUUCAAGGGCAUUUCAAUAAUGCAGGAUAAAGUGCCGCUGCAAAAUGUCUACCCAGAUUUCUUGGAUAUUGUUCAAUUUCAAAUACAAUAUCUACGACUACGCACUGGCAUCACUUGUGUGCGCAAUUUAACUGCAACGGAUCCAAUCCUUGCAGCAGUUACUAAUGCGGACUUUAGUUACAAUAAUUUCGGUGAUGAAUUGCUGGACGAUUCGUUCAGGAAAUUAACUAUGCUCGAGAAGCUAAUUUUGUCCAACUCCAAUAUUUCUUAUUUGCCUCAUUAUAUUUUUCAAGAUAUGAAAUAUUUAGAGUUAUUGGAUAUAUCAAACAAUAAACUAAUGACAAUCUCCAAAAUCAUAUUCGGUAUAAGCGACAUUUCGACGAAUUUGGUAGUAAUUGCAGAAGAUAAUAAUUGGCAUUGCGAUUGCGCGCUGCAGAUUGAAAUGAAUGCGAUUUUUAAAUAUCAAAGCUUGAAGUAUGAUCUGCUCUGCUCAACACCAGAACAAUAUCAGAAUUACUAUGUGUUUGAUGAGCGUAUCUGCAAUAUAAUGGAGGAAGAAGGCACAACAGUUGGCUAUUCUACAACUACAACAUCAAAAACAACAACAACAACAACAUACAGCACGGAGUUAAUAACCACCUCAACAACUGUGGCGACAUCCACAACGGAUCAAAUUAUUUUUGUUCCAACGAUUUCCACGGCCGGAACUGUCAAACCUAGUGAAAUAGUGCCACUGGAAUGCACAGUAUCGAAUCAGACAAAGAGGCAAAAUAUUCGAUGGCCUCAAAUUUACUUCUUUCCUCGUGAAUUCGGCGCACUCACUGUGAAAAUAUCGGUCGAUCAGCGGGAUAGCUCCAGCUCGUUUGGUAUAUUUUGGUUCUCGAAAACAACAAAGGAAUUUUACAUGAUGGAAAUGUUGCCGGAUGAGUUUGGUCUUGGCUGCUACUUUACCAUGCCGCUGCAGUCAAUUGUGACCCAACUGGUGCCCAACGUGGCGUAUACAUUUUGUUUGGUCGACGACAAUCAGAAUGCUGUGUCACCUUUCAGUUGCAAGUCCGUUCACAUCGGCAGCAAUUUAAACACACAUUACGCUACAUGGUUAUCGAGAAGAGUGCGUGCAAAAGGUAUUUCUGUGAUGGUUCUGGGCGUCAUUCUAUUUAUGUUCAUCGGCAUAGCGACAGUGUUUUUGGUCCUAAAGCAAAAACCCAUGUUGCUGAAGGGCAGCAAACGAGUCAUCAUGCCAAAGUUUAAAUCUGGCGAAGUCGUCGUGUUGCCGCGAUCCAAUACAGCCGAGUAUCUGAACCAUAAAGAAAGCAUGAUCUCGCGGCUUAAUGCACAAAGAUCAAUUUCCUUCGUAUCACGGAAAAACUCUGUGGAGAGCCUUGCGAGCAGCGACAGCUACAUGGACACCAAUCUGUAUGAGAUCAUUCCGACAUACAUAAGCUUUGAUAAAGUGCCAGAAGUGGAAGCACCCAGUCAUCCGGGCAGCGAGAUACUCGAUAUCUAUCAAUCGCCCCUAAGGUCUACCGAUGAUGACAAAUCUGAUACAGGCAGCGUAAGAUAUGCACAAAUUACGCCGCGAACGAAACGAAUUUCCAGUGAUCCGUUGCCGGCGAUUCCCUCCGAUGUUAGUGAUGUACCUCAUUAAUUUGCAACUAAGAUGAAUUACAAAACAAAAAAAAAAACACCAAAGACACACAGUUCAUAAACCUACCAUACUUUAUAUAAACGUAAUCGUCAAUAAAGGCUCUUGUGUUUAAAGAAUCGAAUUCACAUUCAAUAUGCAGAAAUGGGUAGCACGUAAUCUAUUCCGAUGAGUAUUGGCGAAAUGAUUAUACAAAUCAAUGUUCGUCGUAUUUGUAU